AUGACAAAAUCGUACACAGAAAACAUGAUGCCAGAAACGCAGAGCAAUCCCAGUUGGACGGAUGACUGUCUCAGUUCCCAGGAUGAGCACGAAACCGACAAAAAGGACGAUGAGAACGAAGCCAUGAGUCUCACUUUCAAAGUAGAAGCGGAAGGACUUGAUAAAAUGGGAGAGGAUGAUGAUGAUGAAGAGGAAGAAGAGGAUGAAGAUGACGACGAGGAGGAGGAUGAAGUGGACGAGAAUGAAGAUCAAAAACCUAAACGGCGGGGACCCAAGAAAAAGAAAAUGACGAAAGCCAGAUUGGAGAGGUUUAAAAUGAGGAGGAUGAAAGCUAACGCCAGAGAGAGAAAUCGCAUGCACGGACUGAAUGCAGCACUGGAUAGUCUGCGGAAGGUCGUGCCCUGUUAUUCCAAAACGCAAAAACUGUCCAAGAUCGAGACUCUGAGACUAGCUAAGAACUAUAUCUGGGCUUUGUCGGAGAUCCUGCGUUCUGGAAAGAGCCCCGAUCUUGUGUCAUUCGUGCAGACGCUCUGCAAAGGUUUAUCCCAGCCCACCACUAAUCUAGUAGCUGGCUGCCUUCAGUUAAACCCGCGAACUUUCCUUCCAGAGCAGAACCAGGACAUGCCACAUAUGCAAACGGCCAGUGCUUCCUUCUCCGUCCACCCAUACACGUACCAGUCCCCUGGUCUUCCGAGUCCGCCCUACGGUACUAUGGACAGUUCCCACAUUUUUCAUAUCAAGCCGCAUAGUUAUGCAGGAGCCCUGGAACCUUUUUUCGAAAGCACUCUCACUGAAUGCACUAGCCCGUCCUUCGACGGACCGUUAAGCCCACCUUUAAGCAUCAACGGGAAUUUCUCUUUCAAACAGGAGCCUUCUCAAGAGUUUGACAAGAACUAUACGUUCACCAUGCACUACCCUGCAGCCACGCUGGCCGGACCCCAAGGACACAACUCCAUGUUUUCUUCCAGUACCCCUCGGUGUGAAAUCCCCAUAGACAACAUUAUGCCAUACGACACCCACUCGCAUCACGAGCGAGUUAUGAGUGCCCAGCUUAAUGCAAUCUUCCACGAUUAA